UCAUUGGUACUUCUUCUUCUUCUUGUAUUUAGUAGUAUCAUAUUUUGCUUCUUUUAAGUGUUGUCAGCACUGCACGUAAAUUUCCUCCAUUUUAUUAAUAUUCUUUAGAGCUUUAGAUUAAUUAUCAUCAUUAUUGUUAUUUCAACUACUGAGCAUAGGCCUCAAUGAAAUUAAUAUAACUAACUAGGGUCUUAGCAGUGUAUGCAUAAUACUAAACUCAUGAAAGUCACAAGUGAAUUCCGUAAUUUUCUCUUUGCUUGAUACACGUCAAGUCCCGCUCCCACACUGAACUUUCCACUGAGACAAUGGCUCGUUUCAAGAUUUCACUCUUUUUGUCAACGCACUAACUAAGUGCAUUCGCUGUUAAUUAAAACUAAAUCCGUAACAUCUUCCUGCAAUGACGUUUGACGUUUGUUUCACUAGUUACAUAAAGUCAUAAAAAGUUACACCUUCCGCGUCGAACUUACGUUCACAUAACUUUUUUUAACACACGCUUGUUUUUGAAGUUUGUACUCCAACUGAAUGUUAGAGAUUUUCCUUAAAACCUGAUUUUUUUCAUUCUCGUUGGCCAAUUUUGCUAUCUAAUUAACUUUAAUUAGCUUUGUCUACAGGAUAAUUAUUCCCGUGUCCCGUAGCAAUUUUGGCGAAAUUUCCUUACUUUGUUAGAAUAAUUAAAACGUUCAUUGCUAUUGGUUAAAAAACUGCAGGUCCGACAAUUGGUUUUUUGUGUGAAGCAAUGUAAUUUGUUACGGUUGUUGAGAGGACAAUGGUCAGGGCUGCUAGACUUGGGUAACUUCAGGGCUCCCAUUAUUUGAGUAAAGGUUUAUUACUUACAAUAAUUUCAGAGAAAUGCUGAGAAAAAUGAAGGAUCAACAUUCUUAAGUUUACGUUUUUCUUUAAUAAUUUACUCGUGUAGAUAUUAAACGAAAACGUAAAUUAACGUAAGGUAAACGUAAUGUAACGUAGGUACGUUUUACGUAAACUAAGCAAUAGAGUAAAUGCGAAUUUCAUUCAAAGUGUACGUAAUCGUUUGAAUAUUUAUCUAUUAUAAUUAUAGUUAUAAUUAACCCCGUAAGUCGUGAUACUGUAUGCACGUAAUUAUAAUUUGUUCAGCUGUACUAAUACACACACCUUUAUUAGCCUUCGUAACAAAUUAAAGCUCAGUCAGUAGUGAGCCCUUUACGGUAGUUUUACAAAUCAAUCAGUAGCUAUCGGGUAACAGACCUUGGGAGAAUACGUUUACUGAUUCGUCAAGGUUUCUCAAUCAAACCAAUGAAUUUUGGUAUUUGUUUAAACGCCUACGACAAAUAAGUUUGAACAAAAAUCUACCUACGGUAGAUAUUUUGUGGUGCUUGUGUACACAAAAUUAUAUGAAUAGACGUUGCAUAACUCAUGGCAUGGAGUACUUGAAUAGGUCCACGACACAAAGAUGCAGAGAUGUUGUCUUUUGUUCGUCUGCCAUUCAUUAGCCGAAUGUCGCUAGUAGGCCCCUUUCUGAGAGUGCGUUGAACUGACAUUGUUCCAUAAAGACGCUCGUGUAACAUGUUUACGGGAUGUCAACGAGUUUUUGGUACUUACAUGGAAGGAAUGCACCAAUCGCUCAUUUCAGACCUGCCGAUGGAUGUGACAUGUUUCAUGCAUAAACCACUUCGCUGAACUGACCUGGCUGUAAUUCCUUCUAAAUAGAUUAUUAGCGCAGUUGAUCAUUGAACGACGAUUGCAAGGUCUUUUACGAUAACACCAGAUAAAGCACGAAUAUGGAAAACAAAUGACAGUGAUGUUUAAAAAGGUGGACUUGUAACACGUUAGAGAUAAACAACAAUGACUGAUUAAUCGAGUGAAGUGUCAGACGUCAGUGAGUGAACAGUCGAAGAACCUAGUGUCAGUUUCAUCAGUGAUACGGUUUCCUUUUCUGUGGAUUGUCGGGACAUGAGUGAGGAUGAGUACAGAGCGACGCCUUUCCCGGAGUUUCCACUCCUGUCUGAAGGGUUCGUCGACCGAGGAGGCGGCCGAUGAAGAUGAGAGUUGCUACCACUCUCUAGGUGGCAGGCAUUCUCUCAGUAGACAACCUCAGGUGUACGUAGAAGAUCUCACGAAUGUCUCCCUGGCAGAUUUUGAAUCUACGCAGGAUGAGAAUAAUGACACUUCAUACGAGAAAGCAUGCCGCCGAGGCUCUGCCCCCAGCACGCCGGUGCCCGGAGCGCAGCCGCAGCACAGCCCCUCCCGCCUCGCCUCUUUCUUCUUCUCAAAGAGGUCCUUCCGAAGCAACCCUCUCAAGAGGACCAAGUCUGCCACAAAGCUGGAGAGGGAGCGCGCGCUGGCGGCGGUUCCAACGCACCCACCAGGACACGCUUUACGAACUUCAAGAUCUCACGAAAGCCUUUUAUCAGCUCACUCGCCUGCCGUCUCCACCAUGGAUUUGGGACCCCCCAACCAAGUGGAGAUCCGAGCUCUGCAUUCCUCAGUGUUAGGUAGAGCACACUGUUUUGCGCUGAGCGCUGAGAAUCGCCCACCUCGAUACUUCGCGUGCGCUUCACGGAAGGAGCGCGACCGCUGGAUAUACAGCUUACGGCAAGCGGCGCGACCCGACGAGAUCCGAACGCGACGAUGCGAGCGAACUGUCAAAUUGUGGUUGUUGGAGGCGAAAGACAUCCCGCCCAAGAAAAGAUACUAUUGCGAAAUCUUACUUGACGACACGCUUUAUGCCAGAUCAUCAUCAAAGCUGAAGACGGACCUGUGUUUCUGGGGCGAGGUUUACGAGUUCGGCGCGUUGCCGGCCGUGCGCGCCAUUCACGUUAACGUGUACAGGGAACCGGAGCGGCGCGCGCGCAAGAGGGACAAACACGCCCUUGUCGGCACAGUACGUAUCCCUGUCGACGACGUAUCAUCGCGAUACCUCAACGAGCGGUGGUACCCGCUGAGUGAGGGCGACAAGCCGCAGUCCCCCGGAGGCCGCAACCCCGCCCCCCUACGUCCCGCGCUCCGCAUCAAGUGCCGCUACCAGAGCGUCGAUGUACUGCCUCAAGAUCACUACGCCCGCUUCCUGGAUUACCUGAAGAGGAAUUACAAAAGGCUCUGUGAAUAUUUGGAGCCGGUUAUAGGGGUAAAAGCGAAAGAAGACAUUGGAUGCGCACUGGUGCUGUGCAUGGCGGGCGCGGGGCACGCGCCGCGCUACUUGGCCGACGUGGUGGCGCUGGACGUGCGCCGCACCGGCGACCACUCGCUCACUUUCCGCGGGAACUCGCUCGCCACCAAGAGUAUGGAGGCGUAUCUCAAGCUCGUUGGGGACCAGUAUCUACAGGACACACUUGGCGAAGCAGUGUCUGCAGCAGCAGGCCCGGGCGCGGCGGAGUGCGAGGUGGACCCGCUGCGCGCGGGGUCGGGUGCGGCUCUCCGCAGGCAGCAGACGGCUCUGCGCGAUGCGGUCACUCUCGCCUGGAGGUCUAUUGCUUCCUCGGCGCCGAGGUUCCCGCCCCCACUCAGGGAUUGCUUCGCUACCUUCCGCGAGAGGCUUAUCUCAAUGGGACGAGAAGACAUAUCCGACAACUUGAUAAGCGCUUCUAUAUUCCUUCGGUUCCUCUGCCCAGCUAUCUUAUCUCCUAGUCUCUUUGGAAUCACACAUGAAUACCCGAACGAGCGCGCGGCGCGCAACCUGACGUUAGUUGCGAAAACACUGCAGACUUUGGCAAACUUCACUCGAUUCCAAGGCAAAGAGGCAUUUAUGGAAUUCCUCAACGACUUCCUGGAGCAAGAGGCACCAAACAUGAAGGCUUUUCUGAGAGCUAUAUCUACGCGACCGCAAGACCAACAGCAGCAACACCAGCAGCCUCAGCCUCAAGCGCAGCACGAGGGCAGCAACCGCAACUCGGCCGGGUCGGAGAGCCCGCAGGCGGCGGCCGUGGACGCGGACCCCGAGUGGGCGCCGCACGUGGACAUCGGCAAGCAGCUCGCCACGCUGCACGGCCUGCUGGUCGACAGUCUGCCGAAACUGCCGCCUAAUAGGAUACAGGAAUUAGAUCCAUUAUCUGAUAUCCUAGAUGAACUGAGCAAAAGGUUAGUGAGCAACGAUUUGGGACCUCCAACGCAGAUUACAGAUAACAUAUUUAGAUUUAACGAUCCAACUUGUAAUUCAACGCCUGCAAAACCUACCAACGUAGAAACUCCAACGAAUGGCCAAAUAAACAGUAACUUCGCUCACAGUUCGCCUAUUAUGAAUAAAAAUGGUGUCCAGUUUAACAUUAGUCCAUCUAAGUCAAACGCCGAAGAAUCAAAGUACAAAAACUCAUAUGUGGCUGUAUCCAAAUCACCCAGUUUUAACUUACGAUCAGCAACACUGCCCAGAAAUGGAUAUGGCUCAAAUCAAAAUGUGAACCCUGAUCGGUAUAGUUCCCAGUACAAUAGCCAAGAACAUUGCGUUAACCCGAAGGUAUUACAGAUUGGUUUCGGUUCUGACCAAUAUCCCAAAGGCAUCAGCAAUGGGAUCAGUGAAAGCUUGGAACGGCGAUUUCAAGACCGAUACAAACCCAAUAAUUACAAUCAGCAGACGCAUUACCACAACUCAAACUAUAACAGCACGGAGAGAUCCCCAAGCAGCGACAGUAUCAAUCACAAUUACUCUGUCAAGGAUAUGCAGAACAUCAUAAAGGAAACUGCCACUUUAGAAGAACUAUCCGAUUUGUUAAAAUACGCUGAUGAUUCAGAUAUUGUUGACGAUAAACUCAUGAAUAAGAAGAAUUUGGCUCAAUCUAAAUCGAAUAAUAAUAAUAUCGUAAAUGGAAAUAAAACUAACUACACUAGCAACGGAUCUAAUGUUUCUAUUAGUGGAUUGUCUAAUGUUGCAAGUUCUGGAUACCAAAGUAUCGCAACCUAUAGCCAAAGCUCUAGUCCCAUCGAAAACACCGCACAUCUACACCAAGCAUAUGAAAAUGGCGGUCAACCCAUGAGUCGCUACUCGCAACUGAAUUACCAAAAACAGAGAGAUAAACAGUAUUAUGAUAACAAAAAUGACAAAUUUUACCCAAAGAGUCCAGUGCAACAAAAAAUUGAUUACGAUAUUCAAAAGUAUGGAAUUCAAAACUUUACAACGGCAGAUAAUAAUUCACAGUCAAACUCUAAUAUUAAUUCAAAAAUUGCGCCGUUAGUUUUUACCAACCCCGUAUACAAUAUGGAAGACAAUCGACAAGCUCAGGAGAAAAAGAGAAAUGACAACAGAAACUCUAAACGUUGUCCUUGCGGCUCAUCCAGUUCAUCAAUAGAUGAGGAGGGCUUGAGCACAGACAAUGUGGAAACAAAUUCUGAAGAAGGUUCCACUAACUUCAACGACGACCAACAGAACCGCAACAAUACCCACCGAAAACUCACCAGAGAUAAUUGUAAUUAUGAAGACGUGUACCAAAUGAGCAACCAUAGUCACUCCCCGCGCACAAGGGAUGACGAAUCAUCGAGCAAUUCGCCCAGUCUACGGAAGAGUAGCAAGACGCGAAUGCCUAGAACGAAUCCUAUGCUCUCUUAUUCCACAAAUCAAAAUCAACUAAAUUUAAAACAUUUCGGCCAAAGAGGAGAAUCAUUAUAUGAGAGUAAACCGCAUCACAUAUCUACAGAUUCCGGGUAUCCGAUGAGCAGAUCUGAUUCCAACGUGGAAGAGGUUAAUAAAGAGAUGUACCGAUUGCAAAUAUCAAGAAGCCAGAAAGCGCUUUACAAUAUGGAAAACUCGAAGAACUCUCCUGAGAAAUAUUCUCUUUCUGAAAAUAAGAUUCCAGAGACAAAUUAUCCUUUAGAUAGAACAUACUCUGGUGCGAAGAUGUCAAGCAGUAGAUUGAAUGAAGACUUGGAAAGGCAUCAAGACUAUUAUGGAGUCAGAGAAAGAAGAGACUCUCCUCAGACAGUGUUCAAUAGAGAGUCACAAUCGAGCGAGGCGAACGACAGAGCUGCGAUGCGGAGUGAGAGGGAAAUAGGAGGCCGCGACAAACUGCAGCGGAGGCUCAGUCUCGAGUCUGCGCGGGAACUUACAGACAGCUCUGAUGAUAUGGAGGACACCUUGUAUAGUACAACAGGUAGAAGACGCGCCUCCAAACAUCAAAGAACAAUAGAACAGUACGAAAGAGAAAUUGAAAGGCUGAAGUGUUCAGUAGAACUGUUGCGUGGGCGGUUACCGGCCGAACCUGGACAGGAUCACACAGAUGCAAAAAUGAAGGCUAUCAUAUCCAGGUUGAUAUGUGUUGAGGAGGAACUACGACGCGAGCAACGCAAGAUGGCGGCCGCUCUUUCACACAAGCAGCGAGUGAUCGAAGCGCAAGAGCAUCGCAUCGCCGCGCUAGACGAAGCCAACACCCGGCUGCUGUCAGCUCUAGUGCACCUGCAGCAGCGCGCCCCCCACCCCGCACCCGCACACCCCCCCUCACACAAUAACUCCCAUCCCUCCCCACACUCACAUCAAGAACUACAGAUUUAACAGUGCCGGGAAACCGAUAUAUUUUAGGCCCGGAUGAACAAUAAAAACUACGGGCCUCAGACAACUUUAGUGUUAAAAAUUUUACUUACUUGAUAUUUUUUUACGAAAUUAACUAAUGUUCGGUCUCAAUGUUCGGUUUCGUCAUUAGUAUACGUACCUAUAUAAUAAUAAACAGUAAAACGUAGGUAGGCAGAUCCUGUUUCGUAGAAGAAAAAAAACGAAAUUACCUUGUUUUGUGUUACGCCACAGUCUUACGCACAAGAACUCGUUUUUGUAAUAUAAAUAAUUGGCAUUGUUUUAUAUAUGUUCACGUAAAAAUAUGUACUUUGUUUUGUUUCAUGUAUUUAUUUAAACUUUGAAAGUCUCCUUAAAAUAUACAAUAAUAUAAUCAAAACAAACACUCGUCAGGACAAAGAUUUGCAAAUAUUUGCAUUAGUUAUUUAAAUGUUUCUAAUGAAAGGUUAUUGAUUGGUGAGGUUUUAUAUUAAUUUUAACAUUGUAAACAGAAUCACAAUUGUUUUGCCAUUUAUCUUUAACUUUGUUACUUUGUUUCAUUAGUUUAAAUAUUAAAAAUGCUUUAAAUUACAUUAAUGUUCCGUUUUGUAUCAGUAUUCGUAUAAUAAUAUAAUUAACGGUUUGAUUGUUCGCGUCAUGUUUGUUUUCUGUAGCAAUAAUACCAAAGACAAUUGAAUAUCCCAUAGUCUAGAGUUGUAGUGGAAUACUCAAAACCACUACAACUGUAGCCUUUAGUGUUGUAUUUUAAAAUAAAAUGUUAUAAUUUUAUGUAAUAAUAAGUAAGACUUGUAUAAUAAUAUUCUUAGUCUUUAAAACAGUAUAUGUGGUAUGAAUACAAUAUUUUUAAUACCUGUGGAGUAUUAUAGAGGAUUUGUAUGGCAAUGUAAAGAUGUUUAAUGAUUGGACGAAUCGAAAUCUUUUUUUCUGCAAUUCACAACAACUUAGUUGUUACCGUGAAAAUGUAAAUAUACUCGCGUAGGUAUAAUGUUAUACUUAUCACAUUAAAUUAUGGACUUAUGUA